AUGAUCAAUACCUAAAUAGCAAAUCUAACAAAGCAUUUAAAAAUUAAAGAUGAUGCAAUUCAAAAAGCAUAUUUAAUUAUAGAAGCACAAUAAAAAGAAAUUCAAUAAUUGAAAUAAUCUUAAUAACAAAGUUAAAACAAAUAAUCAACAUUAUGUAAUGUAAAUAAAACUCUCAAUAAUUUCAAUUCUGAAGUGUUGUUUUAGAAUUAUAAAUAAGAAAUUACUUGCUUUCUUGAAUAUGAACAAAUGAUUGAAUACUUUUUUUAAAAUCAAUUAAAAGAUCAAUAAGUAAUUUUAAACAACUAAAAGCUAACCUAAUUAGAUUUUGAAUUAGAUUAUUGGUAUAAGUAAUAUUAAGAGACAAUAAAAGUUUUAGAAAAAACAAUAAAAAUAAAUGAAAUUAUUGAAUAAUAAAAUUUAGAAUUAUAAUAAUAUUUAGAGUAAGUUGUUUUUGAAAAUAAGCUAGCAAGAUAGUUUAUUUAAUAAUUAACAAAAAUUGAAAAUAAUUCAAGCUUAUAAGUUGAUUUACUAGAUUUUCUGAGUUCUUCAUCUAUUUAAGCAUUGAAUUAGUCUUUUUAAACAUUUUCAGGUUUUAUUUCUGAAGUAAUUGUAUCUGCCACUACAAAUUUUAAACUAAAACAAUAAGAAGAUACUUAUUAGAUCUCGGAUUUUAAAAAAGAAAUCUAAUAGUUGUAAUCAAUGUCUUUGUUAAAUGAAACAUUUUUCUAAGAAAUACUAAAAAUAUUGGGAAUAGAUCAAGAUUAGAGAUCCCUUCCAUAAUAUUAAGGUUAAAUUUUAAAAGAAAUUAAGACUUUAAAAUUUAAUAGUUUAACAGAAAGAGAGUCAAAUAAAGAAAAUGAAAUAAACAAUAGUAAUUUUAGUUAAUAUGUUUAAAAGAUGUCUUCAAUAGUUAAUUCUUUUAAUAUUGUGUUUAGUUAAAUUUAAUAGAAGUUUGAAAGUAAAAUAAUAUUAAACGAGAUUAUGUCUCAAUUAUAAAACCUAAUAAAUUUGCUUUUUAAUGAAGUAAUAGAUAGUAAACUUGUAAAUGUGAAAUUAUUAAAUGGUUUAAACAGUUCAUGUAGAUAGCUUAAAAAUAGUUACUAAAAAAUGAUUAUUUGA